UCCGAAUCGCGGCCGUCGACUUCGAGGGAAGGUAAACGCGAAAACGAGAUCGCCGACGAGAUCGCGGACGAUCCGCCGGCAUCACGAUGAUGAUAGCCACUACGAAUGCACGGUGAUCCGGCGGUGAUCCACGACAUUUGCGUGUGUGUAUGUGUGUGUGCGUGUGUGUGUAUAUGUAUCCAUCUGUGGUGUCCGCCGUGCGACGUCCGUGGUGCGUCCAUUACACGGGGACGGUGAUGCUGUUGGCUGACCAACGGUGAAGCGAUACCCUCCGCGAGCGCGAGCUAAUCCUACUGCCAGCGUCGUCGGGAGGCGAUCGUCGAUCAUGAUCGCGUACUUCUUGCCGAGCGUGCUCCUGCUGUCGAGCGUCCUGCCGGCGUCGCAUCAGACCGCGCAAUGGCGGCCCUGCAUCGAGCUGAAGCGGGAUCUGCUGGUGCCCUGCAAGUGCGCCAUCUCCGCGGACUACCCGAGGUCGCUCGAGAUGGACUGUGACCGGGUGAUCUUCACGCGGGACACUCUCAACGUCCUGCGCGGUCAUCCGAUCGUGUCGAUCAGUCAGAGGCACUGCGGCCAUCAGACGCUGCCGGAGGACAUCGUUAAUUCCGGCCUGAGCCUCCGUGGGCUCGAUCUAUCGAGCAAUUCGAUCCACCGGCUGAUGGACCGGCUGCUGCAGGUGCAGUCGCAAUUGCGCGAGCUGCGACUCGCCGACAAUCUACUCGGCGACAGUCUGAACCCCAUCUUCUCUAGCAACGAAUUCCACGGCAUGAGCGAGCUCAGGAUACUCGAUCUCAGUAGGAACGGCCUGCGCAGCAUCGAGGAGGGCAUCCUCAAGGGAUGCGACAAUCUCGAGGAGCUCCAUCUCGACGGCAACAACCUGAGCGCGGUGCCCGCCGCCUCGCUGAAAGGCCCGCGCGCCAUCAAGGUGCUUUCCUUGGCCGAGAACAACAUCGGUUCUUUGCCACGAGGUGCUUUCACGAGCCUCGGUGAAUCGCUGCUACGCCUGGAUCUCAGCAACAACGAAUUGUCUCACAUGGAGGACGGUGCUCUCUCUGGCGCUCAACAUUUGCUGUUUUUCAACAUCUCACGCAAUUCUCUCAAUCGGUUCAACAGCGACGUCUUCAAAGGGGCGUUCAGCCUGCUGCAGUUAGAUCUCUCGGCUAAUUUCCUGCGGGAGUUUCCCACUGACGCACUAAGACACUUAGUGGAACUGAAAUUCUUGAAUAUUUCCAACAACCUUAUCACCGAGAUAGAACAGACGCAUCUGUCAGGCUUGACCGAGCUCCAAGUAUUGGACCUCAGCCGGAACAACAUAGGCCGGCUCGGCGUUAAUACGUUCUCCAACCUUUCCGUUCUCACGAGACUGGAUUUAAGCCUGAACGCGUUGCGCACAAUCGAAGAAUCGUCCUUCGAGGGCCUGACCAAGCUGAAAUGGCUGUCGCUGCAGGACAACAACAUCCUCUUGGUACCAUCGGCGGCGCUGACGCGGCUGCUUUCCUUGGCGCACCUGCACGUGCAGUUCAACCGCAUCGCCGCGCUGCCGACCGAGCUGAUCCGCGUCACGUCCACGAAUCUCGUGACACUCGGCCUCACGCGCAAUCUCGUGCGCGAUAUCCCGCCUAGGCUCUUCUACAACUUCGAGAAUCUCAUCAGCAUCGAGCUGUCCGGCAACUUGCUCUCCGUCAUCUCGCCGAACACUUUCACCGGGCUGGAAGACACCCUGCUGAACUUGGACGUGUCGUACAACCGACUAACCGCCAUCACCGAGCUACCUCUGCGUAAUCUGCUCUCGCUCAACCUGGCGGGCAAUCAGCUGAAGCGCGUGUCGCCGGAAACCUUCAAGCACCUCCACCGGCUGCAGUAUCUGAACCUCAGCAGCAAUCCGUUGUACGGCGGCUUCCCGCCGAUCUUCCCGCCCUCCUUGCUCAGCCUCGAUAUCUCGCGCACGGAUCUGAGGAUCCUGCCGACGGUGUUGCUGCUGAACAUCGAAUCCUUGGAGAGGAUCUUCGUCGCCGGCAACCAGCUGCAGGAGAUCGACGAGGGUACGUUCCAGCACCUGUACAAUCUCACGACGAUCGAUCUCUCGUACAAUAUGAUCGGUCGCAUCGACAACGGCGCCUUCGUCGGGCUGAUCAACCUCUACACGCUCAGUCUGCGCGGCAACAGGCUCACUUCCUUCGUCGGCGAGCACUUCAACACCGGCACCGGUCUGGAGGUGCUCGAUCUCUCGGACAACCGCAUCGAUCAGUUGUCCCCCACCGCCUUCGUCAUUCACCCGCGGCUCCGACAGCUGGAUCUGUCCGGGAAUCGCUUCGUACAAUUUCCCAGCGACUUCGUCAAGUCCCUGCAGUUCCUCGAGCGGCUGGACCUGUCGCGCAACGCCCUCCAUCACGUGCACGAGUUCGCGUUCUCGCAGAUGGGACGUCUGCGCAUGCUCGAUCUGUCCGGCAAUCGGAUCGAGUCGGUGGACGAGCUGGCCUUCCACAACUCCACGCAGCUCCAGUCGCUGCAUCUGUCCGGCAACGUCCUCGAGACGCUGAACGAGCGCACGAUGGAGGGUCUCUUGAGGCUGGAGUCCUUGGAUCUGCGCGACAACCGGCUCGCCUCCUUGCCCGAGACCAUUUUCGAUCCGUCGAGGAUCCGCGCGGUGGAGAGGCUCGACCUGUCCGGCAAUCGUUUCAACGAGAUACCGAUCCGCGCGCUGCAACGGCAAUCGGCCUCGCUCACCUCGCUGCGGAUGGCGCGCAACUACAUAGCGGAGGUGUUCACGCAGGAUAUCGUCAGCAACGUGAAGGAGCUCGACCUGUCCAAGAAUCCGCUCAGCGAGAACGCGAUCCACGGGAUUCUGGGCGAGGCGAAGAUCCUCCGAUCGCUCAGCCUCGUCGGCACCGGCAUCAGGACGAUGCCGCGGCUGGAGACGCCGUUCCUGAAGCACCUGAAUCUAUCCGGCAACGGCAUCACGGACAUCAAGCCCACCACGUUGGAGCGCACCACGAUGUUGCAGACUUUGGACGUGUCGCGAAAUCGUCUGGCGGACUUCACGAAUCUAGUCAACACCUUCAAGAUCCUGCCGGUGCUGUGGAGCCUGGACGUGUCCGACAACGAGAUGAGGACCGUCAACGAGAGCAACUUCGACGGUCUGGCCGCGCUGCACGUCUUGCGUAUGUCGAAUCUACCGAACUGCACGCGGAUCGAGAGAUCCGCCUUCCGCUCGUUGACGAGGCUGCGCACUCUGCACGCCUACAACUACCCGAAACUAGGCUACUUUGACGUGCAGGGUAUCCUCAAGGGUCUAGCCAGCUUGGAAACGCUGGACAUCGAGAUCAAAGACUCGUCGGUGGGCAACGAGCAGCUGUCUCUACGCACCCAUCCGCAUUUGCGAGAGCUGACGUUGCGCGGCGAGAGGCUGCACAACGUCCUCUCGAGCUCGCUGGUCGGCGUUCGUGGGCCACGGCUGCUUCUGGGCCUCAAGGACACGUCCGUGAACUCGAUACCGACCGCCUUGUUCUUCCCGGUGCCGCGCUCCACGCAUGUGGACCUCGACGUCUCCGGCAGCAAGUUCAGCAAUCUGCCGGCCCAGCUGUUGGCCGCCCUCGACGAGCGUGGCGGUUCCGUGCGAAUCACGGCCCUCGAUAAUAACCCGAUCAACUGCAGCUGCGAGACCAAACACCUGUGGCGGUGGUUGAAGUCGUGGGGCAGCAGGGCGCCCAUCGUCGUCUGCUCCACUCCCGGUCACAUCGCCGGGAUGAUGUUGAACAAUCUCACGGAGGAGUAUCUGUCGUGCGAGCGCGCGACACCCACCAAGCCGCAGACCACCGAAACCACACCGUCCACGAGGUCAACCACACCCGAGCCCGAGAUCAUCUGGACCGUGGCGCCGACGGUGCAGAACAAUCGGAACAAACACUACAACAAUGAUCACACGGGUAAUACAAUUAUGAGUAACAUGUCGAGCACCGACGACACCCUGAUCAUCGGCAUCGUUGGCGGCGUGGUGGCGUUCAUCGCGAUCAUCAUCAUCGUGAUAUGCAUCUGCCGGCUCAGGUGGAGCAGCCAGAUGAACGAGGUACGGAUGGCGGCCGUGGCGUCCAGCAUCCACGAAGCUUCGAUGAUCAGGCCGGCCAGCGCAUACUCAGGCAAGAUCAACCACGAACUCUACAUGGGAUCGUACAACGGCUCGACGCUGGGACGAGGUAACACCUCGAUACCGGCCACUCCGGUGCAGAUGAUGCCGUACGUGCAAACGAUGCACGUGAUGCACACCAUGGGCUCACCACCGCCGCCCUCACAACAGAUCUACGGAUAUUACGACAAUCCGCCGCUUCCUAUUUACGUCGGCUGCCCAUCAGAGAACAAGUUGGAUAGAUAAUCGACGUCGAUCGAUUGCCGGACCGCGAGUGUCCGAGAGAGAGAGAGAGAGAGAGAGAGAGAGAGACGACGAUGGCGCAUAUUCAGCGAUAUUAGGAAUCAGCUACCUCGGCAUCGGCUGAUCUCCUUACAAAUCAAUUCUGUAUUCUUGUUCAAAGAUUUUUCUCCCAUAAAUACCGAGCAAGUGUUGAUAUGAACAAAGCAACGGUCGAAAUAGAAAUAUCCCUACAAAUUAAAUAUGUAUUCUACGGGAAAAGAAUUUGCGAAUCGGCAUAAUAGUUACGCCUUGAAAGAGAAGGACCGAUGCGGUCUGUUUCUUCAGUUUUCAGAGCGGAAUUUGUAAGAAUUUAAAAACAACGUGCAACUUUGUGAGAGAUUGAAGAGGCCUCUUUUUAGAACUCAAUCGCGGCUGUUUUAGCGACGUAUUAUUUUUAUGGGAAGAUACAAAUGUUUAUAUAUAUAUAUAUAUAACGUGUGAUAAGAAAAUGUGAUACAAAAUUAAAAAUUAUAUCGUUGCAGCAAUCGCGAUUAAUAGCUCUACAUAGCCUGUUCUAUCUCUCCUUAGUUAGUCAUCUACGGAACCGAUGUAAAUACAAAUUUGUCGAGAGUCUCGUAAUUAAACACGUAGUUAAACUCUCGUAGUUAAGGACAAUUUUUAGAAAUUUUCAAGCGUUCACAUGAGUCCCAAGACGUUUAUAACUAAAACUGAAAACUAAAGAGGUAAACGCGCUACGUUUUUUCUUCCAAAGUAUAACUAUAAAUUAUCUAUAUUAUUUAAUUAAUUCACUUCGAUUCCAGUCUUUUGGACGUCUUACGAACAUCUUUUGGACUCUCGCAUCGUUCGGACCGCAUGUUGAUCAAUAUACCUCACUGAACAAGUGUCGAUUGAUGGCGUACGCAUGACAUCGAAGCAUUUUAGACGGAUAAAGUACGAAAUUAUGCGUAGUAUAACGCGGAGGAAAUGACGGAAAAAAAACCGGCAUGGAAAAAAUUAAUCUUACCAUUCAUCGCCCGUAUUUUUUCGUCGAUAUUUCCGAAAUAUAAAGCGCGAUUCAUGCGCGAUUCGGACGGAUCGAGUGAUCGAGCGAGUUUUUCGGAAUAACGAUUACAAUGGCAAUUAUUUGAAUAGAUAUUAACCUGGUCACAUUUUUAUUAGACAGACAGUAACCGAGAAAAUCAGUUAUAUAUAUAUAUAUAUAUCUCAAUCAGUACCAAGAAUAAAUGGUACAAAAUAAUGUUACAUACUGUAUAAGCAUAAUGAUUCCAAUGUAAGGUGCGUGCGUAUGUAAAUGUGUAAAAAUAUCGUACCAGAUGAAUACCCAGUAUUUGGAUGAAGCAGCAAUAAUCGAUUUCACAAUGAAAGUAAGUUAAUUAGAGUGUGCGACGUGCGUAUGUGCAUGUAAUUAAAAAGAAAUGGUGCUUACGUAAUAUGUAUCCAAAUAUAUGUCGAAUAAGUCUCUAUUUUCAUUUUACUCGAUCUGUACUUAAUAUUGGCAUAGGGUUA